CGUCAUCACCUUUCCCUGCUAUCCCAUAUCCAUCACGCAAAUUAGAAUAAACGGAAGAAAACGGAAAAGGUGGGGGAAGUCGUCAAGAGCUCCGAUCCCAGCUACCCGUCGAUCGAUCGACUCCGGUUACUCCCGAAUCUGCGGAGACGAGCCCGGGCUACCACGUCAUCACCUUUCCCUGCUAUCCCAUAUCGGAUGAAGGGAACCCCGCGGCGCGAGGCGAGCUCGAGGUGAUGAAUUGUUACGGUUUAUGGACGGAGCAAGCAAGGAGCCUCUCCACAAGGACUACUACAAAGUUCUGGAGGUUGACUAUGAUGCAUCUGAUGACACGAUCAAAUUGAGUUAUAGAAGAUUAGCUUUGAUGUGGCAUCCAGAUAAGCAUAAGGGGGAUAAUGAUGUCACAGCUAAAUUUCAGGAGAUUAAUGAAGCAUACAAGGUUUUAAGUGAUCCAGCUAAGCGAUUAGAAUAUGACCUUUCCGGCUGUUAUGAGAUCAAUCAAUAUACUUUGCGUGAGUACCUAACAAGAUUUAAGGGCAUGAUACUUACCUGCAAUGGCCUUGGCAUAGAUCACAACUCAAAAUGGGCUCGACAUUUGAGGGAAUUGAAGCCCCAUUGAUCAACAGGUACAGAUGUACUAUCACUGAUGCUCAUCAGAUUUACUACUGUACUUUGUUAAAUACGCUGUGAAGUGUCACAUACAAUGGCACUUUGCCCCUUUCUGCCAAAAGAGAUCCAUGUAUACACUAUUUCCAGUUCUCUUAUUGGUGACUGACUGGUCGUGAAUACAAAAUUAGCUCCUUUCUCAAUAUAAGCGCAGUCCAAAAGAAGCUAAA